UUGGCGUGACGGGCCGCCACAGUAACAUGUAUAAAAACGCAAAAAACGCAGUAAAAACCAGAAAAUUCCGAUUAGCAACACCACCACCAAGCUGUGCAUAACCUUGCAGACUUGCUCAUUCUGUUUUAUUGUUUGACAGACGUAAAUUGGGCAGAAAGGAAACUACAUUACGCAAUCCCUUGACCGUAUCUAAGCAAAAGGAGCGUGUUUCUGAUAACCAGAAUGGAUGCGUUUUUAAAAACUGGAAAGCUCUCCAAUCAACCGAAGGAAAGUGGAGCAUCCUCGGUUUCUGAGCCAUUACAACGAAAACGAGGUUCCUUAAUACCUUGGGUUGAAAAAUAGUAAAACAAGUUUGGUUUCAAAGCUUGAAACGAACAGCUGUAUGUAAUGUGUAUUUGUGCCAUAGCCGUCCUAGAACAAUCAAUGAAGUUUCAUACCAAGAGGAAGUAGUUGCUGUGCUUCAGAAAUCUCUUCAAGGAGCUGAUCUUCCUAAUCUUUUGUUCUAUGGCCCUCCUGGUACUGGUAAAACUAGCACAAUAUUGGCAGCUGCUAGAGAACUGUUUGGUGACAUUUACAAGGAGAGGUACGGGAAAUACUGUCGUUAAAGCAGUUAGCGUUCGCGUUCUCAAGAGGAAUGACCAGACAUGUGAACUACAGACCAUAAUUCGUGACAGGAAUACUAGUCGAAAUGAUUUCAAAUUUUAUGCUGACAGAUUGAUUCGUCUUGUUAUAGAGGAAAGCUUAAACCAGCUUCCCUAUUCACCUUGCACAGUUGUAACUCCUAUAGGAUUUCCAUAUGAUGGUUUGCAAUUUGAAAAGGGAAAUUGUGGGGUGUCCAUCGUCAGAAGUGGAGAAGCUAUGGAACAGGGACUUAGGGAUUGCUGUAGAUCAAUGAGAAUUGGGAAAAUUUUGAUUGACUCAGAUCAUGAUACCCAUGAAGCUAAAGUUGUUUAUGGUACGGGCAAUACUAUCGUUAAAGCAGUUAGCGUUCUAAAGGAUCAUUCGGUGCUGGAGGAAAAUAUUGUCCUUGCUAACCUUUUCUGUACUCCUCCAGCAACCCAAACAAUAGUAACAGCCUUUCCUCAGAUGAAAAUCUUGACUUCUGAGAUUCAUCCAGUUGCACCUAAUCACUUUGGACAGAAAUACUUCGGAACUGAUUAAAUACAAUUUAAUAAACAAA